UGACGCGGCAACAACCAGCACUCUUUCUGCUCCGCGAGUCCCUAGAGGUUUAAUCCCACACCCUCCCUCCCGUUCAACAAGAUGAGAACAGCAGCCGUGGGCAUCUUGGCGGCCGGCCUCGCGACAGCGGGUGCCCUUCGGCCUAGCGGUUUCGUAGCGAGGGGCACUCCAGGGAGGGGCCAGGCGUCCGUCCAGGGCAGCAGCGGUGCCAGGACAACGAUGGUCGCGCAGCCCCCUACCAAGCCCGCGGAGGCAGAGGUGGCGCCUUCGUCGCCGGUUAGCUCCACGGGUUGGUCGCCGGCCACCUGGCGAAACAGGGAGGCCCGGCAAAUGCCCAAGUACGACGACCCGGCCCUGGUGACGGAGGUGGAGGACAUCCUGGCCAAGCAGGCCCCCCUCGUCUUCGCCGGAGAGUGCCGGGAGCUGAUGGCCGACCUGUCGAAGGCAACAAGAGGAGAAGCGUUCGUCCUUAUGGGAGGGGACUGCGCCGAAAGCUUUUCCGAGUUCAAGGUGGACGACGUACGAGACACCUUCCGAUCCAUCCUUCAGAUGUCCCUCGUCAUGACGUACGGAGGAUCGGUCCCCGUCGUUAAGAUUGGCCGCGCAGCCGGGCAGUUCGCCAAGCCACGAUCAGAGGACUUCGAGACCAUCAACGGGCAAACCCUGCCUAGCUACCGCGGGGACAUCGUGAACGGCUUGGAGUUCACGGAGGUGGCCAGGCGGAACGACCCGUACCGCAUGCUGUCCGCGUACCACCAGUCGGCUCAGGCGAGUGUGACUAUCAACCUCCUCCGGGCGUUCUCGUCCGGUGGUUUCGCCGACAUCAACAAGCUCAACGCCUGGAACAUGGACUUCGUGCAAAACACGCCCGAGGGGUCCAAGUACCGCGAGAUGGCGUCCAAGAUCGAGGACACCCUUCGCUUCAUGACUGCCAUCGGUGUGGACACGACGUCGGCCCCUUUCCGCACGACCAGGUUCUACACCGCUCACGAGGCCCUGCUGCUCUCGUACGAGCAGGCCCUCACCCGUGAAGACUCCCUCACCGGUAAGUUCUACGACUGCUCCGCUCACAUGCUGUGGAUCGGCGAGCGCACGAGGCAGCUGGACGGAGCCCACAUCGAGUUCCUGCGUGGGGUGAGCAACCCCAUCGGCAUCAAGAUCUCGCAAAAGUGUCCCCCGGAGGAGCUCGUCGAGAUCCUGGAGACGGUCAACCCGGACAACAAGGCGGGCAGGGUGACCCUCAUCACGCGCAUGUCCUCCAAGUACCUCGAGGAGCACCUGCCCAAGCUCAUCCUCGCCGUGCAGAAGGCGGGCCUCAACGUGCUGUGGGUGAGCGACCCCGUGCACGGCAACACCAUCAAGACCGAGAGCGGGUACAAGACGCGCAGAAUGGAGGACAUCCGAUCGGAGCUCAGGACGUUCUUCGAUGUGCACCAGCGCAUGGGGACCCACGCCGGAGGGAUCCACAUCGAGAUGACGGGCAAGGAUGUGACCGAGUGCACCGGGGGAGACGUGGACGAGGUGACGGAGGGAAACCUCAAGCAGCGCUACCUCACCCAGUGCGACCCCAGGUUGAACGGGAAGCAAUCGCUCGAGCUGGCGUUCCACAUCGCCAACCGCCUCCGGCGCGACCAGGGCCUGCCCCCCGUGCUCGGAGACUAACUAACUAGACUAGCCUACGUGUUCUUGCUUUUUUUAGUUGUUGAUGGUGGUAGCGGUGGUGGUGUAUCUGAUCUAUCUGUGUCCUUUUGGAGGGGUCAAGGUCGUACGUCCUUGUUCUACAAGGUGUUGGUUUUUGCAUUGCCUUUGCAUCGAAUUUCGGUGCCGUUCGGGUAGGAAGAGACAAGACUCGUGCGGCGUGGCGCUAUGUACAAUGUAAGGUAUCGACGGGGGAAUGGGUCUGGUCUUCUAGAGCUCGCAACACGACGCUUAAUGAUGUUGCCUGCCCAGCGUUGCGAGCGCCGAGCUCGCUCGGAGGAGGGCUCUCUCUCGAUUUGGUUCUUUGAGCGGUUUGUGUCUUGUCGCGUUCCACGGUUGUGCGCGAUAGGAAGGGGUCUCUGGGCUUGAAACAACUGUGCUAGGAAGAACAUCGUGUGGGCUUGCUUGGCUAAAAGCUGUACCCUGGUAUGUAGAUGUCCUCAUGCAUGCGAUGGUCCGUCCGGUAUCUGAGCGUGUUAGGUUUUGUGGAUGACUUUUGCUACUGCAGUCAUGACAUGACGCGAUAGUUUUGAGCGCUUGGCUAGAUGCGUUAGUAGUGACGGAAACUACUGUGCGUGGCGUGGAUGAAUCAUACAUCCCAGCGACGGUUGCGUGGCUUGGGAAUGAUGUUUCGGCAUCGUCUUGUUCCAUCAUGAAGGUGGCUGGCGAGUAGGUCCGGUCGACGGCACAAAGUGCAUGCACCCUUCAAGUGCAUGUGUGACGCAAAUUGGUCGAAUUGAACUCUUUUUCAAGAGCUCUUGCCUCCUCCCCACACGCACCGUGUCCAGCGAGGUUCGAUGUUGGCAUGCAAGGGUAAAUCGAAGCAAAAUGGGCGGCGUUGCGUGCCUGUCGUUUGAAGCAAACGAGGCAGUUGUAAACGGGUCGGGUUUUCAAGUGCCGCGAGGUGCUUCUGGCGACCAUCGGACGAAAGCAAUGUGUGUCGGCAGUUACGCGCAGCUUUUCGGUUUCGUCCUGGAGUUGUAGCGGACCUACAAAAUAAUAAAGAGAGAACCAGGCGGCUGCAUGGCCAAAUCCGUCGUACUGCCAGCAGCCGUGGAGAGACGAGCAAGUGGACAAGAGAGAGGGAGGUUGUUACAGUCAUUGAUCGCGGCGUUUCGUGUUUGUCAUCGAGCUAGCCCCGAAUUGGUUGAUGGUUUGCCUUAUGCAGAGUGGGUGGGUUGGUUGGACGCGAUCGUCGUUGGGGCUUGACAGUAGUUCUCUUGAGGUUGGCCGUUAGAACUGAUCGCAUAGACUAGGAUAUUUCGUUAAGCUCUGUUGUCUGUUGCUGGUAACUUUAAACGUGGAGAGGGUGGGGGGAUGUCGUGAGGGAAGCACGCUCGCGCGGAAUAUCCGUGCGGGUUGUGUGGUCCAUGAAGAACGGUUUUUGUUUUUGUUUGGUGGAGGUUUUGUGGUUUCAUCGCUGCUACCUACAAAAUGGAGGGGUUGUUGCAUGCAGCACUCUGUGUUUCGUUGUCCAGCGGCUGGGACGAGAAAAAAAGUCCUUGUUGUGCAGGAGAAAAAUGCGAUGCCAGUCGAGACGGGAAAAUAAAUAUUCAGUUGAGCAGUCGCCAAAAUCGGGUACAC